CUCUCACGGAACCACACUCUAGCAACCAAAAUUUCAGCUAAGGGUUUGUCGCGCCCUUCCUCCACUCUCGAUUCCCUCCUACAACAGCUCGGCCAGCCUGUAACGACAUGGGCAACGGGUGGCUGAAAGCUAGGGAAGGCAGGGGGCCGAGCAAACAUGCACUUAACCGUUGGGUCUCCUAUACAAUGCCCGUGAUCAUGGCGGGGGCUGUCGGUUUUGCGACAUGGGUUUUCGUCAUGCUAGUUUGUGUGAACCAUCUUCUAAUAGGCCAGGGACGAAAGGGAACAGCUAUCGCACUUCUGGUCGUUUACUUUGUCUUAUUUUUACUGAUGUCAUCGGCAUAUUUGAGGGUAUUAUGGGUUGUCAGCACCAGUCCCGGUUUUGUUACCAAACAGUCAACUGAUUCGGAAAACGAGAAAUUUCUGGGUAGUGUCGAGAGUCGUAGUGAUGCAGAGAUAGGGCUAGGGGGGGUUCAGGCGGAAGGAUGGCAAAGGGAAGAAGAGAGGAUACAGCCACCAAAACUUAUGGCCAUUGCAGGGGGUCCUCGGGCGAACGAGACGGAGUCCCUCCCCGACGCUCUCCAAUCUAGGUCGACAAAGGGUGCCCCGGGGCCCGCCUUUAGCCCUGAAACCAUAGUUCAGCCCACGGAUGGCCCUUCCAUAUCGUCGCUCCCCGCUUCCUCAGACCCUUCACUUCAGUCACCAGCCGCACGGACAGUGUUUUCUGAGAACGCACUUGGAAGCCGACCCUAUUGCACUUAUGGACCCCCUCGCCCCGAAACGGGUGCUGGAUAUCAAAACCUGGAUGAAUGGUUCAAGCGGGAUGCAUUUGUUUGUGAGAACGAUGGGCUUCCUAGGUGGUGCGUUCAUUGCCAGCUCUGGAAACCGGAUCGAUCGCAUCACUGUAGCGAACUACAAAGGUGUGUUUGGAGAAUGGAUCACUUUUGCCCUUGGGUUGGCGGAGUUGUUGCCGAACCCUCGUACAAGUUUUUUUACCAAAUGGUUUUCUACGGAGCACUAUACUGUCUUUUCCUUAUCGUAUCAAUCGCUGUAGUUUUCCGGCAGCAAAUAAAUGACAAUGGUAGACAAGACGCUCGAUGGGUUGCCUGCUUGGCGUUGGCUUGUGUAUUUGGCUUAUUCUCGGGUGCAAUGGCCGGUUCAACAACUCAGCUUGUUUAUCGGAAUGUCUCGACAAUCGAUAGCUUAAAUUACAAGACCAAGGUUUAUCAAAUAGCGCUACACGAUCCAAAUGCUGCCCAGAUACCACCUCCUGGCCAGAAGAUAUCGGCGGUGAUGCCGGCAAGAAUAUGGCUACCGCAAGAGCCAGGCCCAGGCCAAAGGCAAAGAUGUUUUGCUAUCGUCAGCACGCGGCCAGGGGACAAUCCCUGGAGGCUUGCCAGUACACUGGAGAAUUUUCAGGAAGUACUAGGCUAUAACUUUUGGGAUUGGUGGUUGCCAAUCAAAAGAAGCCCAUUAGAGGCAAAGAAGAGCGGCGAAGGUUGGUACCGCUGGAAUGAGGAGCUUUUGUCGAGGCUCAGACAUCAGGCUGGAAUCACCCAACCUUCAGGCCAGAGCUGUUGAAAAUAUUGCUAGGUUGUCGCGAUGGAGGGUAUCGCCCAGGGUACCAGAGAAUGGAUAGCUGCCGGCAUAUAUGACUUCUAUAACCUUUGUUCCCUUUCUUAGUGUCUUGUUUUCGGCAAUUGCAACAUUAUUUUGGAGUGAUGGUAUUUGUAUCAAGGGGCUUGCAUUUCCUUUCUAUUCGUUUUCAGGAUGGGAGGUUCUUUUACUCUAUAAUUCCGUAUCGCAAUAAUCCUUAGUGCUGCAUAGAGUUGCGUUUUCGUUACGAGAUCAGAGGAACCAGGAAGUGGCGGGG